AUGGCCGUCUCCUCGUCGGCGCUCAUCCUCCUCCUUGCCGCGGCCCUCACCACGGGGGCUAGCGCCAGGAGCUUCUCCAUCACGAACCGCUGCUCCUUCACUGUGUGGCCGGCGGCCACCCCGGUGGGCGGCGGACGGCAGCUCAACAACGGCCAAACUUGGAACCUCGACAUCCCCGACGGCACCAGCUCCGCCAGGAUCUGGGGCCGCACCGGCUGCAGCUUCAACGGCAACAGCGGGAGAUGCAGCACCGGCGACUGUGGCGGCGCGCUCUCCUGCACCCUCUCCGGCCAGCCCCCGCUGACUUUGGCGGAGUUCACCCUCGGUGGCGGCACAGACUACUACGACAUCUCGGUGAUCGACGGGUACAACCUCCCCAUGGACUUCUCCUGCAGCACCGGCGUCAACAUCCAGUGCCGCGACUCCAGCUGCCCCGACGCCUACCACCAGCCCAACGACGAUACCGAUCACCAUCACCAACCGGUGCUCCUAAUGGUGUGGCCGGCGGUCACACCAGUGGGCUUGUGGACCGAGCUGCACGCAGGGCCCAACUGGACCAACGACGCGCUGGUGAUCACGAACGCCACCACGACCGUCUGGUGGCGCACGGGCUGCUUCUUCGACAAGGCCAACAGGUGGCAGUGUCGGACCGGCGACUGCAACAGUAGCGUGCCGUGUGAGGGCGACCCAGUAGCGCCGGUGACCAAGGCCGAGGUCUCCGUCUUGGAGGGAAGCUACUAG